AUGACAUCUCUAAUAUUACCAACAUGGCCCAUUGAUGAAGACAUAUACAAAGGGUUCUGGAUCAAUCAUUCAUUUGGUGCAGUCCGUGGCCUGACUCUCACACUCGAUCUUCAAGCUGGCGGUCUGAUCAUAGCCUUUCUCGCUUUAUUUAUUGCUUCCACAGCGCGCAGCUUCUGGAAGAUUACGCGAUUUCUGGUCUUUGCUAAUAAGUCAACUCUCGGUAAGCAGGAUGGUGUCUAUCACCAGCGACAGGCCAUCUUGCGCAAUCAAUCUUUGGCACUCGAUGCCGUGCUAGACCUGUGUCGACUCAGCUAUGCCUGGAAAGAUCGUGCCAAAGAGAGGCAACAGCGUAUACUACCGGUCACCCUGAUAGCUUCUGCUAUCUCUGUUGUUUCUGUUGCUGCUGGUCUUUUGUCCUCGCGAAUUUUGACAAACUCGAAUCAGGAAGUUUUGAUUGCUGGUCGAAACUGUGGGAUAUACAGCAGUCCGACUUCCCAAGUGUCUCUCUUUGAACCCGUCAUGCUUUAUCUGAGUCAGAAAUCUGUCGACGCCUUUGGAUAUGCGAUACAAUGCUACCACGGGGGCAACAUUGUCAAGAACGAGCUAUGCGAAACGUUUGUAAUACCAACAUUGCCCUUUACGUCAGACAGAAACGCCUCUUGUCCAUUUUCCGGGGGAAUCUGCAAGUCAGAUGUUGGUAACAUCCUCCUCGACUCAGGCGUGCUACACUCUCAAAUACACCUGGGCCUCAAUCAGAACCCACAGUUUACUCUUCGCCAUCGAACGCACUGUGCGCCUUUGAAAACAGCUGGCUUCACUGACACUGUGGUGGACCCAAAUAAUUCCCAGACUCGACAGGUCUAUCGAUAUGGGAAUAUAUAUAGAUCGGAGGGCAACAAAAGUCAUAUCUUCGCAGUUGACGUUAAGCACGGAAAGCCGUCAGCCGGAGACUCUACUAUUGGCAACUACAAAGUCACACCUGUGGUAGCGUACAAUUAUGAUAAAAAUAUUCAGCUCAUACCCGAGCUACGGAAACCCAAUUCGACAGUGUCCUUAUUAUUUCUGGAUGCCUCGGGACUCUUCUACGUCAACAAGACAGAGGACCCUUGGUUCUCGGCUACAAGCCUCUUUGAUAACAGCUCUUUGGCUUCCAGUGCGAACGGUACAGGUCCAUUUGUUGCUGACGAACCUGUUGGUGUACUGGGCUGCGCAACUCAGAGGUUGUAUUGUAACCCGAACCUUCCUGAAAAUGUCGGAUGCAUUGAUGGUUUCGCUGUUGGUGAUCAUCAAUCUUCAUUGGACUUGUUCAAAAGCGCCUGGCCAGACGCGAAUGAUCAGUCUGUGAUGCACGCAUUUGUGGCUUCACUAGGCAUUAAAGGCUUGUUAGAUGACUAUUAUGCCAUUCCAAGCUCACCAACCCUUCUAUCGCGCAGUACCCUGAUGUACAAUGUGCAGGUAGCAGCUAUACCGAAGGACCGAUGGCAAGACGAGCGUGAACAUCUUUACAAAGCGAGUCUUGCUGCUAUACAAUCUACGAUGGUCGAUCAUGCUAGAGGGUUUGAUUAUAGCUUGGGCAAAUAUUGUGGGGGUGAAAGGGAGUGCCGUAGGACAUGUCAUAGCCAGAAAAUGCGCUCGUCCAAGCACUAUUCUUUCAGUGCCUGGACCUUAGGUGUGAUAAUUAUCGUAGGAAGCAUAUUGAUGCUCACAUCGAUAUUUGUGGAGGAACUUUUCGUCCUUUUUUUACAAUAUCCGCGCCUACGCAGUGCAAAGCUAAUAUACAGCUACUGCGAAUGGCAAGCCGGAUCCACCCUACAGUUGCAACGCCUAGCACAUGAGAACCUCGGCCUUGGAACCUGGACGGGCACGGAUGAGGCAAUACCAGUUACUGAGCCAGGAGACACUCUGGGCGUACUGGAAGUCACCGAUCCAAAGCACGUGCACAUGGUCAUACCGACCGAGGAACUCAACAGAGUUGACUCUGCAGCAGAAUCUGCAAAAUUUAAUUUACUCGAUCAUAGAGUCGUCGAUUGA